GACGAAGCCAACUGUCGUCCCUAGCAACCCCGAAGACUAGCCUCGUCCCCUGCAACCCCCGUCGAAGGCAUCCUGCCAACCCUCCGUCGAACGCCAGACUCCUCCACGCCAGCCCCCGUCAAAGGCGACCUUAAUCGCUGCACAUACAAGGUCCGAAUCCUCCUCCCCCUCUGAGUCGAAAAUGGUGCGAACUCCUCUUGCAACCAUGGCCGAAAGGGCACUUGAACUCCAGAUCCCAUUGAGCAAGCAUUUCCCUGCGCAGUACUCUAUGUGCUCGGAUGUCAAACAUGUUUCCAAGUACGUGAAGGACAUGCUUUCCAAACAACAAAUGGCACAGUUUCGGAAGACACCAUGGGGUCAUUUUGCUGACAUACCUGAUAUUCAGUUUUGUGCCCAAAUCGUGCACAUGUUGUUGUUACGUAUGGUCAAGCAACAACCCAAAGAUGAGCUCUGGUUCAACAUAGUGGGCAAAAUAGAAGAAUUCACAUACAACGAUUUCUGCCGCAUCACAGGCUUACCUCCGGCAGCCCCCAGGCCUGCCGUUGCCGAAGAUACUGAAAAAGAUGAUGAAGACGCUGAAGAUGAGGAAGAACCUGAGGAGAUUUCGAAGACCUACUUUGGUGGAUCACUGGAUAUCACUUUCCAGAUGAUGAAGGACAAGGUUGAUGAAGUACGGGGAGGUAAAAAAAGGAAAGGUGACCUACCAGUGAAGCUUGCAUCCCUCUUUGUAGUUGAGAAUGUACUGUUGGGAAAAGAUAGGACAACUAGGAUCAGCCGGAAGUCUAUUCAGCUUGUGAAUGACUUUGAAGAGUUCAAGAAGGAGCCCUGGUCGAGAGAUGCAUAUGAUUUGCUUGUCACACAUGUCAAACGUCUUCUUGAUGGGCAUCCAAUGAAGUUUGUUGACAGUAAAACUAACAACCCUGAGUACAAAAAUGCCAAGUUUUCCAUCUACGGGUUCAUAUUGGUCUUACAGGUGUGGGCAUAUGAAAGAAUUCCAAAAUUUGGGGAACACUUUGGCACACGUGUUGGGAAUGAUGAAGUCCCAAUACUAAAUUGGACAUGUCAUGGCAAAUUCCGGUCAUCUAAGAUACGGAAACUAGUCUUUGCUGAUGAGGUGCCUACACCCCCUAAUUCUGAUGAUGAAGACGAAGGUGAACAUGACAAUAUUGAACUUGAAACAAAGGAAAAGGUUGAAGAAAUGUGUUCAAAUAUUGAUGAGAUAAAAAUCAGUGUUCAAAGGUUGGAAAAAAAAGUGGACGAGGAGCUUGGUGAACUGAAAAACUUACUGGUUAAGGUUAUUGAUACAGUCAACAAGGCUUUACAGGAAAAGGGGAAUCCAUAUGGCCCAAGUCAGCACGGAGAAGAAACAGAAGUUUGUACAACACCUGUUGAAGUUCAAAGGAUGUCUACUCAUGGUGUUGAGAAUGCAGGGACCGCGGCUGAAGGGAAGAAUUCUUGUCCUGUUCUUCCUGAAGAUCAGAAUAUGUAUACUGACCGUAUUGUGCAUGUCGCAACUGAGGUGGGAGAUGACUUUGCUUUGACACCUCACGCUCCUUUAGCAAACUUGGAUUGGGACCUUGGUGAUGAAGUUGCAACCGGCGGUGUAGACAUGAUGGCCCUCGAAGAAGCUAGUAUGAAAGAAGUGAGAAAGAGAAAGAGGUUGCCAUCGAAGUACAUUUGCAGCCCAUUCAUAGCUCCCGCCGCAAAGAGGCCUAAGGUUGGAGGCACCAUAACCCGAGCGCAACUACAACAAAGUGACGAAGAAUGUCAAUCCUUCAAGGCAUGGGUGGAGGAAGAUGAUGAGGUAGAACCGUGCGUAAUUGAGAUAGCUAUCCCAUCAUCUUACCCGACAAAUAGGGCCUUCUUCCGAGAACUGAUUGAUGAAACCGGAUGGCUAAGCAGCCAGCAUUUGGAUGCACUUGUUCUUAUGUUUCGCGAAUGCAUUCAUGACGAGGCCUAUGAACUCUUGAGUCCUUUGUUCGCGUACCAACUUUUACGGAAGAAUGUAGCUGAUGAUUCACAAUGGAGUGGGGAUCGAUUCCUUAACAAAAUGGACUGGAGCCGGUAUGAAAAGGUGUUCAUGCCGUUGCACAGUGAUGGCAAACAUUGGGUGCUGUCUGAAAUUGACCUUGUCAAUAGAAUCGUACGGGUAUACGAUUCUAUGAAGACCCGUAGGUUAGUUGGAUGUGUGAGGCUGUUGUGUGUGAGACUUCCACACCUGUUUCGAGUCAUAAAAUGCAACCCCGCUCUUAGCGCCACAGCAGAUUCACAAACUUGGAGAGCGGAGGCAGUGGACGAUGUUCCACAACAGCAACCCGGUUCCGGUGUUUGCGGCGUCAUGGUUAUGGCCUUUGCCGAAGCACUCUUGCAGAAGUUGCCAUUACUGCCCGGGUGUGCUUAUGACAACAUGGCAUUAAAAAGAUGUGAAUUCGCAAUGAGGCUUUGGAGUUUGAGGAAGCGGUCGAGUUAGACAGGAUGUUUGGAGGAUGUGUUUGGUUGUGAAACAAUUAUGUAACAUUACUGUAUACAUUUUAUUAUGCUCAAUUUUGGCCUACAUGGAUUUGGUUGUUAAAUGUAGGAGGUUCUACAAUGUUACACUAUAAAUGUUGUACAACGUCCUAGAAUGUACUCCCAAGGAUUACCAGAAAUGGUGGCAUACAAUUACGUUUGGUUUUUGUGGCAAUAUAUUUAUAUAUAUUACGGAGGAUGAUUUUGCUUGUGAAGAAGAAAAUUGGUAUGACUUCGGCAAAAAUAAGGAAUUGUUGAAAUUUGUAUAAGAUA